GGCGGCGGCGGCGCCGUGCCCGGGGGAGCCGGAGCGGCUGGACUUCCUGCGGGAGCGGCACGUGCGCUUCUUCCAGCGGUGCCUGCAGAUCCUGCCCGAGCGCUACUCGUCCCUGGAGACCAGCAGGUUGACAAUUGCAUUUUUCGCACUCUCUGGUCUGGAUAUGUUGGAUUCCUUAGAUGUGGUGAACAAAGAUGAUAUAAUAGAAUGGAUUUAUUCCCUGCAGGUCCUUCCCACAGAAGACAGAUCAAAUAUGAAUCGCUGUGGAUUCAGAGGUUCUUCAUAUUUAGGGAUGCCAUUCAAUCCCUCCAAGGGUCCAGGUAUAUGUCAUCCCUAUGAUAGUGGGCACAUAGCAAUGACUUACACAGGACUAUCAUGUCUGGUUAUUCUUGGAGAUGAUUUAAGUCGAGUAAAUAAAGAUGCCAUACUGGCAGGACUGAGAGCUCUCCAGCUGGAGGAUGGAAGUUUCUGUGCAGUGCUGGAAGGAAGUGAAAAUGAUAUGAGGUUUGUGUACUGUGCUUCCUGCAUCUGCUACAUGCUCGAUAACUGGUCAGGCAUGGAUAUGAAGAAAGCAAUAGACUACAUUAGAAGAAGUAUGUCUUAUGAUAACGGCCUGGCACAGGGAGCUGGACUGGAAUCUCAUGGGGGCUCUACAUUUUGUGGUAUUGCAUCACUGUGUUUGAUGGGCAAACUGGAGGAAGUUUUUUCAGAAAAAGAACUGAACAGAAUAAGAAGAUGGUGUAUAAUGAGGCAACAGAAUGGCUACCAUGGACGACCCAACAAACCUGUAGACACUUGCUAUUCCUUUUGGGUGGGAGCAACAUUGAAGCUUUUGAACAUAUUCCAAUAUACAAAUUUUGAGAAAAACCGAAAUUACAUCCUGUCAACUCAAGAUCGCCUUGUUGGUGGAUUCGCCAAGUGGCCCGACAGCCAUCCAGAUGCUUUACAUGCCUACUUUGGAAUCUGUGGUUUGUCAUUAAUUGGAGAAUCUGGUAUUUGCAAAGUUCAUCCCGCCCUAAAUGUAAGCACAAGAGCAUCAGAGCGUCUUCACCACCUUCAUCAGAUCUGGAAAACGGACUUUAAACAGCGUUCAGACGACACACACCUCUCUACAUGACUGAUUUAGACUUGAAUUUAGUUCUGGUAGCAUAAUUGUAGCCCAGGGUUAAAAGCCAUGUAUAACCAAUGUGCUCUUUUAAGUGCUGGAGUCAUACAAUCAGAUCUGUGUUGCUGGCAUCACUUUGAUAGGGAGUUGCCUUCAGCAGGUUAUUCUGCAUUGUGAAAUGGGGAAUAUUUUGAUUAUAUAGAAGUUUGUCACCGCAGACUGUAAAUGGCUUUUCAGAUGGCUUUACUUCUAAGAAAUCCCUUGAGGCAUUUAAACUUCAUUUAAUUUUAUUUUUUUAAAUUUGUGCAUACUGUGUCAAAAUAUAUAAUGGGGAAGUAUUUUCAAAAUUGUUUACAUAUCAUACAGUAUAGCACAGAAUGUUGAAGUUCUUUAUAAUCUUACUGUUUGACAUAUUUUUGGGUAGAGAAUCUCUCAUAUUAAGUCUCAGUUAAAAAUUAUCUAUUAUCAUCAACUUUCAGAUUCCAUAAACUUUGUUUUUCACAAACAAAUUAAUUAAAUACAAAUAAAAUUAUUUUAUUCAAUAUA